CGGCGUAGCGUAGUCUUGUUUUACGGUUUCCUGUGAGUCCGCGGGCGGUGAAGAUUCUCAGCUUUUGGAGGAAGCGGCCUGGGGCGGGUUACCCCGGGGAACUUUGUUGAUGGUGGAGUUCGUUGAUUCCUGAAAAAAUACAAUGGCAUAUAGAAGAGAUGAUAUGUGGUCUGAAGGACGCUAUGAGUAUGACAGACUUCCAAGAGAACGCUUACCUCCUAGAAGUCAUCCUGAGGAUGACUACCAUAGAGUAGUUAAUAUUGUACCCAAGAAACCACCACUGCUAGACAGACCUGGUGAAGGAGGCUACAGUAGAUAUGGUUAUGGUCAUGUUGGUUACCGAGAAUAUGACAAGGGCCGCAGUUUUUCUCAUGAUCGAAGAAGUGGUCCACCCCAAAGAGGCGAUGAGCCCAGCUAUCGAUGGACAAGGGAUGAUCAUCCCAUAAGUAGACAGCCUGACUAUAGGGACACUAGAGAUGGCUUUAGAAGAAAAGGUUUCUACUCUUCCCAUUUCGUGAGAGAACGAUCUCCUCAUAAAAGGGAAAAUCCAUUCUUCCGGGAAUCUCCUGUAAAUCGAAAAGAUUCUCCUCACAGCAGAUCUGGCUCCAGUGUCAGCAGCAGAAGUUACUCUCCAGAACGGAGUAAAGCUUAUUCUUUUCACCAAUCUCAGCAUAGAAAGUCCGUGCGUGCUGGUGCCUGCUACAAACAGCAAAAUGAAGGAGAGCCAGGAAGAGGUAAAGAGAGACCUUCUGUCCAGUCUUUGAAAACAUCAAGAGAUACUUCUCCCUCCAGUUCCACAGCAGCUCCCUCAUCAAAGGUCUUGGAUAAACCUAGCAGGCUAACUGAAAAGGAGCUUGCUGAGGCUGCAAACAAGUGGGCUGCAGAAAAAUUAGAGAAGACUGAUGAGAAUAACUUACCAGAAAUUUCUGAUUAUGAUGCUGGGUCUUCAGCUCCAUUAUACAAUGACCAACCAGAAGAACCUGAGACAAAUGCCGCAGAUAGUAUUGAACUGUUUGAAGAUAACCAGGUAACCAGUCGCUCAAAAGCAAUAGCAUCAAAGACCAAAGAAAUUGAACAGGUUUAUCGACAAGACUGUGAAACUUUUGGGAUGGUUGUAAAAAUGCUGAUUGAUAAAGAUCCUUCAUUAGAAAAGUCUGUGCAGUUUGCUUUGAGGCAGAAUUUACAUGAAAUAGGUGAGCGAUGCAUUGAAGAACUGAAGCAUUUCAUUACAGAGUAUGAUGCUGCCAAUCAAGAAUUUGGGGAGCCUUUCUAAGAUUUCUUGCUGAGGCAAAAGAUAAUGUAUUUCUUUGUUGUUUUUUUCUGGAUUAUAUAAAUCCUUAAUAUAUGAAAUACUUUUGUAGGUACUUAGGAAGAUAUUUUAGUAUACUUAGCCACACAUUUAGAUAUCUUUAUCAUUUAUCAUUAUUAUAUUGAAAGAAUAUCUACAAAUCUUUUUAUUAGCUCUGAGCAAAGGUUCUUGAUCCAUAACUAAACAUAGGCUUUUUUUGUAGGAUGAUGAGUGUCAAUUCUUUUUUUUCCAGUAUGCCUAUUUGCAAAAAAAAUACGUACUAGAGGUUAGUUUUCUACAAUUGUUUGUCUUUAGUCUCAGACAGUAUACAAUCAUAUGCUUUGUCAUACGAAUUUAAACUUAGUUUACCAGUUAGAAAUUACUUUGAAAUCAUUUUUUCCAAGUCGUUGAAAACCCUUUGAAUUUCUACAUGACCUGUAUUUCAAAAGAUCUGUGACUUGAUGUCAUGGUUUUAUUGCUUGACUUGUUUCUUAAGCCUUCAAACUUUUAAACAUUCUAAUGAUGUACUUUCUACGUUAGCUGAGUGCUUGAAGUUAUCCCAGUUUAAAUGUACUAAUUUGAUUGUGUAAAAAUUGCUUUAAAAAAUCCUAAAACUCCAGUAACUUUGAGAUCCAAGAAUAUAGGAUUUUCAAUAUUAAAUUGUUAAUUCAAAACCAUCUAUGUUCCAAUACUGAAUCUCAUAAAUACUUACAUUGAAAUGAGUCUUAUAAGAUCACAUAUGUGUCAGAUAGAAAGGAAAAUUCAUGGAUUGAAAGGUGAGUGACAUAUUUAGGCUAAGAUUUUCCACAAAUUUUAUAGGCCUAGAAAGAAAUCUUUAUCAACAUGAGAAACAAUAGAUUUUUUUUUCCACAUAGGACUUUAUUUCAGAGUUUAUCAGUUUGUCUUUUGCUCCAUGGAUCAUUAGGAAAUUAACAGAUUGUACUAGUGAUUUCAGCUUAAAUAAAGAUUUGUUUAUUUAGGGACUCCCAGGACCAUGGAUGUUCUGCCAAUUUUUGAUGUUAGGUGUGACAGAUUUAUUUUUUCUUUUUGUGGCAUUAAUAAGUCACAGAGUUUUAAAUCAUGUUAUUAUUACUACCCACUUUGCUUAUCUUUCCAGUGUCUCUUCUCUAACCUGAAUUCUGCCAUCAUUUUUAGUGGCUUAUUUUGAUAAUGUUUUGAAGGCUUCCAAAUAGUAGGGACCAAAAUUAUGUUAAAUGUUCAUUUCCAGCUAGCCAUUUAUUUAAAAAUCAUGCUAGAAUGGAAAUAAGGAAACAGUGUAAGUGGUACUGGAUAUAAUGAGUACCACACCUGAAAAUUGAAAGAGUAAGAGAAAAAUGUAAUUCCAAAUCAUCCCCAACCUCAGCCUUGCCAAAUUAGGCCACUUUGAGUCAUAAUUUUUGAUACUUAGUAUGCUAGUCCACAGUUUCUUAACCAUAAACUCGAAGUAAUCCUUAUCCAUCAUCCUUGAUAUUCUUCUCCAAUGUCUGAGACUAUUUUAUUAGCUACCUAGCCUAGAGAAAACUAAGGCAAUAGUAGUUUUAUUAUUCAAUUCUCCACUUCCUUUUUCUUUCAUUCAAUUUUAUUAAGUAAUAUCACUCCCUAAAUAAAAAGUGAGAAAAUAUAGAGAUACCCAAAACAAUGAACUAUUUUUCUGUUGAGCUUCAUUAAAAAUAAUUUUACUAAGUUAAAGUCUAUUGGUUAACCAGUUAAAUAUAGUUUUGUUCUUCCUCUCCUCAAAACAUUGUGUUUAGUAGCUAAAGGUUUUUUAUGGUUAGCCGUCAAUAAUAUUUUUGGUAGGGAUAUCUGUUAAUUGUAGGAAAAAAAAGGUAGACUUUAAAGGGUAACUUUGCAGCAUGUAAAUUCAAAUGUGAACUAGAGUGGUUUAUGUUGUUAGUUCUCCUUCUUAAAAUGUUUUUAUCAGAGAAUUACCCAUUAUUCACUGCAGCAUAUCUCCAGGUAAUGUGCUAUACUUUCAGUAUGUCUUAAAGUCUUGCUGUGCGUGUAGUUGAGGUUCAAAGGGAAAGUGGAGUUUUGUGAGGCCUACUUGUAUAAACUUUAAAAAAACAAAUAAAACAACCAGCUUAAAAUAC